UUUAUGACUUUGUGGCUGGGGUAACUACUGACAACCUCCAGCUGCGUUUGCCGCUGCUGUGACUGUCCUGCCUGGCCGCCCGGUGUCUGAUACGCUGCUCCCCUGCUCCUUCCCUGGAUCCAAAGCCCGCCUCGGCUACCGAACUCCCAGUGAAUGCACUAGUCAGCAACCAUGACAGGCAUCGCCGCCGCGUCUUUCUUCUCCAACUCCUGCAGGUUCGGGGGCUGUGGGCUCCAGUUCGAGUCUCUGGCCGAGCUCAUCGUCCAUAUCGAGGACAAUCACAUCGACACAGAUCCUCGUGUUCUGGAGAAACAGGAGCAACAACAGCCCACUUACCUGGCCCUGAGCUACAUCAACAGGUUCAUGACGGAUGCGGCGCGUCGGGAGCAGGAGACCUUGAAGAAGCGGGCCACGCCCAAACUUUCCCUGUCAAUCACAGGGGGUGUGUCUCGAAACAGCGUGGCCACGCCUCCACGCCACAGCAACGGCAACCUGACACCUCCCGUGACUCCACCCAUCACACCCUCCUCCUCCUUCCGUAGCAGCACACCCACAGGCAGUGAGUAUGAUGAUGAGGAGGUGGACUAUGAGGAGUCAGACAGUGAUGAGUCCUGGACCACGGAGAGUGCCAUCAGCUCCGAGUCUAUCCUCAGCUCCAUGUGUAUGAAUGGAGGGGAGGAGAAACCCUUCGCCUGCCCUGUGCCUGGCUGCAAAAAGAGAUACAAGAAUGUGAACGGUAUUAAAUACCAUGCCAAGAACGGCCACCGGACACAGAUCCGUGUGCGGAAGCCCUUCAAGUGCCGCUGUGGGAAGAGCUACAAGACGUCCCAGGGCCUGAGACACCACACCAUCAACUUCCACCCGCCCGUCUCCGCCGACAUCAUCCGCAAGAUGCAGGGCUAGA